GUGCCACCGCUGUUCGAGGAAGACUUUUGACCUGGCUCUCGUUCACCUCUAUUUCUCUUUCGUUCAACGUGCCGUCGGUUCUGUGGUCUGGUUUGGUCCUUUCGCUUCUUCUUUUGGGCGACGACAUGAAUGCGCAAUUCCGCUUCAUAAUUUUGAUACUUUUUGCAUCACUUUUCCAACGUUGCAGUCUCGAGUCACAGGCAACCGGCUACACGACCCGCAAACGCGAUGGCGCCGCCCGUUCCCCGCCGCUCCCACAGGACGCGCAAGAAGGGAGCUCUCGUUUGGCUCUCUGCGGCUUGGACUGCUUCGGUGAACCACCAGACGAGCUCUACUGGCGUCGUCGAUGCGGCGAAAGUGGGUGCGGGGACAAUAAAAGCCGGUUCGCAACACCGGCUUUUCUUCGAGGCGUCCACCAAUGCCAAGGUGCAGUCCUGGUCCACCCUCGGGGUGAUUCACAAAACCGAGUACUGGGGCACGAUCAACGUGGGCACGCCCCCCCAGGAGUUUCAGGUCAUUUUCGACACGGGCAGCGGGAACCUGAUCCUGCCGGGCUCCAAGUGCGACUCCGCCCCCUGCGUCCAGCACAAGCGCUACGAACCCAGCCAGUCCAGCUCGGGCGUCGCCGUCGGCAAGGACGGUGUGUCGCUCGCCACCGACCCGUCGCAGUAUCGAAAGGAGGAAAAAUUUAGGUUUACACACGAGAUUUACUACUUAGAGCUACAACUGUCAGCACACUGUCGAGACAUCGUUCUUUUAUGAAAAAGAUGCAGUGGACCGCGCCGUGUACUUGCUCCUGCUCGGGUGGAAGUACUUACGCAGCAAGGGUGGAGCCACGUAGCGAUGUAGAUAUUUAGAAAAGUAGUGCGAGCAGUGGCCAAAGAACGCACUCUCUGUUGAGACGAUCGUAUCUAUCAAUCACAAGCCUCGUUUAUUGAUGACCGAAUCUCGGAACUUCUCUAUGAUUUCUCCUCUGCAUAUUGCAACUGCGGAGUCCACGAUUCGGUUUGGAACUGGGGAAAUUCAUGGGUCUUUCGUCAAGGACCAGAUCUGUUUGGGUACAUAUAGACGUCGAUUUCAUAUUUCAUUUUCAACAGAUAAGAUAUCACGCACGAAGUACUUGAUCACGUCGCGCGAGUCUAAUUUAGUAUGCAGGUUGUGGUGCGAAAGGAAAAGUAGAUAUCGAACCAUACUUUUUUCAGGUUCGUCCUCCAACGUUUGCACGACUUCAAGCUUCAUUUCAACGACCAGCGAAACGGACGAACCCUUCACCCAGUGCAGCUUCGACGGCAUUAUGGGGCUGGGGUUCGCGGACCUCAGCAUGGGUGACAGUUUCAACAUGAUGGAUGAUUUUGUGCACUCCCGGACGCUGCCGCGCAACCAGUUCUCCGUCUAUUUGUCCGACACCAGCGGGAGGUCGGAAAUCUCCUUCGGUGGCUACAAGCCGGAGCAGAUGCUGGGCAGCGAAAUGUUCUGGGUGCCCGUCACGCACCAGAGCUACUGGGAAGUUGCCAGUACGGAAAUAAAGCCGACUGCUGUUGUUCGGAAGGAGUUUGUAUACUUCUAAGGGGCUACUUCAUAUGAUGCUGACGAAGGACGACGAAAAUCUGUACUUGCAAGUGACAAGAAUCGAUCAGUGGGUACUUCUAUAUCAAAACUGCUGGAGCAGAUACAGAAAAUGCAUGUGGUCCAGGCCUCUAUAUAGAAUCUUGUACCCGAGCGGCUGCAAGUUUUUGUUUUUCCUCCUCCACACUUGUUGACGACAUCGCCUUCAACAAUGAGCCGAAGAACCUGUGCGAAAAUUGCAAAGUGGCGGUGGACACGGGGACUAGCAUGCUGGCGGGGCCGAGCGACGUGAUUGCGAGCUUGACGGAGAAGCUUGGCCUGAAGUCGGACUGCAGCAUAUUGCAAGGAAAAAUCCCCGCUCCCCAUACUGAAAAGGUAUGUUUCUAAAAAUUUGUGAUGCUGAUUUGUGGCCACAAAUCCUGUCUCUCUUGCAAGAGGGCAAACUCAUAGAGACCCCGGCACGAUAUGCAGGCGAUUUGUCAUGCUGCAAUGCCUAGAGGGCUGACGUCUGUCAUGCUGGGCCCCUACACCAAAAGGCCCCCCCUUAGGCUUACGAUCUGCGCGCAGUGCUUUACUGCAAGACAAAUGUGAUUUGUGUACUUAAAUACAGCAACACAUAUUUCGUUUUCGUGCUUAAAUACAGCGACGCCGGACAAUGGCAAUGUCGGCGCGGUUGUUUUAGCAACACAUAUUUCGUUUUCGAUAUGGGGAGGGGGGAUUUUUCCUCUCAAUACAGCAACCUGAGUGACAUGCCCCUGCUGGGCUUCCAGAUCGGGGACCGCGUGCUCAACCUCAAGCCCGAAGACUACAUAUCACACGACAAAGUGUUAACGUUGACGGAAUUUGUGACGCAAUAACGCAUCACAAAACGUGCCCAGAUUUGUCAUGCAUAGCAUGGACGCUAGGCAAAAUUUGUCAUGUAUAUUUUCAAUAUAUGAAAACCGUUAACGUUAGCACUUUUUGGCUUCAUACUACAUCGACCAGGGUGACGCGAGCUGCGAGCUUUCCCUGAUGGAGCUCGACGUCCCCCCGCCGAAGGGACCGAUUUUUGUGUUCGGCGACCCCUUUUUGCGCCGGUUUCUCACCGUCUACGACAAGGACGGGCCGCGCGUCGGCUUCGCCGUGGCGCGGCAGGAAGGCGAAAGCUACGCGGACGGGGCCGAUCUGAUGGGCCGGGUGCGCGGGUGCGCGGGGCCAAGUGGAGCGGAAAGAAUCGUAGCGCCCCGCGGGGAGGUGGAAGUGUUGUUGCAGGAGGAAAAUCUGCUGAAGAGGAAGUCCGCGGGCGCCUCGAGCUUGAUCUCUGUCUCGCUGCAGCGCACAAAGCGGAGCAAAAAGGGGCAGUAAAUUUAAAGUGCUUGUGCUGUAGUGAAAACAGGAGCGCGAGAAGAUAUUUGUUGUUUUCCGUCUUGACCGAAGUUUCGUCUUUUCUUCUUUUCCCAGGCCAGUGAAAG